AUGGCCACAAUAGCCUCAGCGGAUGCCGCCGCGGGCAUGGCGGGCGCCGCCGGCAUGCAGGCAUCGGGCACCGCCACCGCCGCCGCCGGCGGCCACGCCGACUUUGAGAGCUUUGAGGAGGCGACGUGGGGCUGGCUCCACUGGGUGGACUCCGCCGCAGAUGAGGCGCUCCUCUCCGACGGCUUCUGA